UUGGGGAAUAAUUCCUCUGAUGGGCUUCCCGAUCUGUCAAUGGUACUUUCGUUGUUCCAUCGCAUAUUCAAUCGUUCAAGGUCACAAAGCUUCGACACUCAUGUGCGAUGUAACAGAUUAGGUCCAGGCGAACGAAAGCACUGCUUUUCUGACGAAGAAAAAGUUUCCUAUGAACAAUGCCCACCUCCGUUGGAUGACGAAUUUGAUGUGGCUCUGCUACGACAAAGAAGCGGAUCUGUACUAUCCCAUUCUUCCGCGGGACAUUCAGACUGGUCUCAAUCAGGUUCGAAACCGAAAAGAACCAAUGGCCGACGACUAACCAAGAAACGGUACCAUUCACUGCAGGGAAGGUUUGGCAUUGAUCUUAGCGAGGAUGAGUACAAGUAUGAAACUAGCCAGAUAUUGGGUGAACUCCGUGCCUAUCUCUUUCGACACCAAAGGCUGGAUAGUUGGGCCGAGAGCUGGAAAGCCAAACAUCUUCUGGUGCAUUCAGAUGACUUCUUCAAACUCCUGCUAUCCAAAGACGAAGUCAGUAUGUAUCUUGGUUUUCCUGAACAGAAACAAAAAUCGCUCAUGCGAAGAAGAUCCGCCCAAGGUCGAGCGCUAAGCACCGGGACAAAUCUACCUAUUCAGUACCAAAUCCGGCGCGACCAGCUCAUUCGUCGAGUCCUCGAAUCGGUUGGGAAACAGGAAAAACAAAACGCCGCGAAUGACAAGGAAGUUACUGUUCAAACGAAAUACGAAUAUGAGAGUUCUUUUCAACCGGAUGACAGCAGUGAGUAUGACUGGGUGAGGAGCUACCAAGAAACAGAACGUGAACCAUCGUCCAACUUGGAAGAUGAUCGGUUCAAUUCGAGACAACUGGCCAGCGCUCAACCUGGUGUUGGCCGUCUGGUGCAACAUGAAAUGAAGUCCGAAUUAAUUAUUGGUAGUUCCACAGCGAUUGAAACCGUGGCCUCUGAGGUUGUCAAGACCAAACCUAUACACACAGGUGACACGGAACAAAAACCAUUGGAAAGACAAGAACAAACAACUCAAGAGACCUGGAAGGACAAAAAAGUACAACCUAAAGAUGAAUUGCCACAAACCCCACCGUUAGCAAGGUCAAAGGGCAAGUUGGUUCCUACUGCAGGAUUGAAAAAGUAUGUGUUAUCACCAGGAGAUGGUGGAUUCAACCAUCCAGACAGUCCAAUCAGUAAGUAUGAAGUUGAAAGGAACCAAAUAUUUGGAAGCGUCCCAGUGCUUAUACCAAGCGGAGAAUCCCGUUCACGGAAAGAAUCAAGGCGAUCAAUUACCCCACUAGAUAGUUUAUCCGCAUAUACUGGUUCUCACGUGAGUGAAUCCAACCUAUGGGGGCAUUCACAUAAUCCUUCACGUAGUUCACUGAAAAACGAGGGGCCUACAGAUAAGGUGGUAAAAUCGCAGUUAAGCAGUAUGAGUCGACCAAAGAGUGAAACUCUUCCAGAACGAAUGAACAAAGAUCGGCACGUCGCUAAGGAAUUUCCUAAACCGCCAUUCAAAAAUAUGGACUCAGGAGUGGGCACUUCACCAAAGAGUCGGACUAAUGUUCCGCCAGAAAACAGAUCACUGAAUCGCCCUAAAAGUGUCCAGUCAGCCCUGACAGGAUAUCAAAGUCCACAAAGGCAAAACACGGUUGAAACCGACGAUGUCCACGGGGUGAAAGCGAUGAAAAGACAUACUUCUAAGCCGGAUUCAGUGAGUUCCGUUUCGAAAAACGAAAGAUCAUUACCCCUUCCGAGACCACGUCAUCUGAACAUCCCUGAGUUUGGAACGAAGGGAAACUCUGAAGUGCAAGGAUCAUACGUGAAUAAAACAUUGCAAACCAACGAGGAGUCCAAGAAAACGCCUCGAAGAUAUGGGCUUCCUCCACGUGCUGGAGUGCGGAUUUUCACUCGGUCUCAUCUAACCCACGAAGUGCAAAAGCCAUCCACAACCCGGGCGGUUAGUGCCGGCACAACGGGAUUUGGGAGCAGACGUUCUCCACGUUCGCUUCCUCCACGGACGACUUACAUGAAACAGAGUGGCUUGUGCAGGAUAUUCUCACAGAAUCACUGCUCCGCAAUGGGGCAAUUCAAUAGUAACAAUAAUAAUAAUAAUUGUAAUAACGACACUGUUGCACAGACACGUUCACGGAUGAGGUGGCCCUCGUCUAUGACACAACAACUCAUGCAAAAAAGUAAGAAAAAUCAUAGACACUGGUUGGAGCGACUCACGAAACAUGUUCAACAAAACGCCAAGUGGUUCCAGGCUAACAAUGGAGAACUAGACUAUCAAACGAUUUCAAAUAUCCAACCAUUACUACGAGUGGAGGAUCUCAAGUCGUACUCGCUGACACCAAGCACAAUGUCGACACAUUGUCCGGGAAGAACGAAGCGACAAGACGAUUCGUCAGACACUUUCAAGAUGUCCGUCUCAACCGAGUUCCUUCAUUCCACUUCGGAUGAAAACCUGGCUCACAAACACCGACCCCGACCGGGAAUAGCCCCAGGUCGGACAAACAACAAAAAACCACUGACGAAAGAAAAUGUAGUCGUUGCCGCUACCGCGGUCGAUGAACCUGUGCCGCACAGCACUCCAGUACUGAAGGAAUCCGAAGACCAACUGGAAAGUGUCGCAUUAAUCGAACAGCAGAGUUCUUCCCUAGAUGGAGAAAGCAUGAGAGAUAUUGUUGACGAAACCAUCCUUCCGGUAUUCCAGGAUGAGUUAUCGAAUGACCAGAUUGAAAGCCAAGGUGUAAUUCAGACACCAGAACCGAAACCUGAAUGCAUACAACAGGUGACCCAAAUACCCGUUAAACUGAUGGACCAUAAAGCCAGUGAUGAGAAAAUUCGACGAUAUGCAAGGCGCCACCGUUCUAGAAGACGCACUUCAACAUCCAGAGAACACCGUACUAAAAUCCAGAAACCACCUUGGAACUCGAGUACAAGGAACGAAGCCCUACAGUUCUACACAGUGCGCCCAAUUGAAUCAUUUCUCUGGCCCGGGGGUCACAAUCCCAACGUUUCCAGGAGGCUUCGCUCACAUGCAAGAAGCGUUUUUGCAACCGAUAGGGCAAACAACAUACGUUCGUUAAAACGCAUACAGUAUGAAAAUUUACCUGGUAGAUACCAGAAAAAGAAAAACCGAACCACGAGACUGUCACAGAUAAGAGACGGAAAAGAGGCUGAACGGGAAACAAGCAGAUCUGCAGUUCGAAGAAAGCAACCAAAUGACAGCCAAGGACAGUGGGAUAACAGGCAGGUUAAUUUCAGUGAAUUUUCAAAGCGAAAGGGCAGAAGGGGCCGGUCUUCGUCCAACAUCAGAUCGGAAUUGAGGCAGAACCAAUCCAAAAGCCCAGCACGUGAUUGUGGUUACGUGAGUCCCUUUGAGAACAAGCAAAACUCGCGCGUACCCAACCUAAAGAGUACGGUUUCCAAAAGCUUUCUGAAUGGCCCAAGAGCAUUUAGAUGUCGUAAAAAGGUUGGUGAAGGCAGCCGAAAACCAAAUCUUGACAAAGAACAAGCAAAAAGAGUUAAAAGCACUGACAAUCGACCGAGGAGGUGUAGCAGAUACAAAUCAACAACUUCCAAACAUCCAGGUAUACCUGACACAAAUCGCAGCCACUUCGAAACAGUUCAGCAGGAUGGGAAACUUGUGGACUUCGUAGCCUACAUCUCUGUGAUUCCGUCAGAAAUCGAUGAACUAGUUUUACCUUUUCGUGCGUGUAAUAAGAUGCACCACAUCUGGUCUGAAUCGAAACAACUACUGACCACACUGGAACGUGAAUUCGCACGUCCAAAGGCGAACAAUGAGCGAACUUUUGAAACGGACUCAGAGCUAAACAUGAAUCACGACACAAAGUAUCCCAGGGGAACGAGUGCGAAAAACAAAAACGAACGCCACGUGAUCAAAAAACGUUUGUUUGAAAGAAUACGAAACAGUUUUCGAAAGAAACCCUUGCGGACAAAUAGUAUCUGCACUGUUGAGGAGAACAAUCACCACAGGAAAGUCAAUAUUAUUCCAGAAGAGUUGGAUCCUAGACCUAACCCACGUCUUCUGGCCUUCUGGCAACACGUUUUACUUCACUCUAACGACUCUCGCUUGUUACGAUUAAUCAGAGAAUUGCGCAGGGUCAAGGACCGGCGAGUCUUCGCGAUUGAAAUGCGCACAAACAGUCGUAUACAACUGAAAGAGACAAAAAUCUACUCUGUCCGCGGCGUUCCCUGCAUGGAACUUCGAAUUCGUUCAGACCGGACGGAAAAUUUGCAGCGUGCUCUGACCCAACUGGAGUCAGAUUUCCCGAAGUUGUUCAAGCAGAUUAUUUUCUCCGAAAGGUUUUGUGUCCCACAGGGUGGGCACCGUUAUCCGAACUCAAAGGAGUUUCUGCUUGGUGGUUACACCCCGUUGCGACACGAAUCGCGAUUAAGUACCAUUUGCCAUAAAGUACCAGCCGUCGAUGGAGCCACACGCAAGUCACGUCGGACCGGUGUUACUCGGCGAAGCAAAGCCUGA